AUGACAACGCGUAGUGCAGGCGGGGUUUGCCCUGGAGGCAGAGUCAGUCAGUCCUCAGUUGGCAUCACUGCUCCAACCUCCACACUGCAUCACGCCCUGAGUGGAAUGGAAGAAAAGGACAAGAAAGAAAAUGGGGAGUACAUCGGAGAGAUAAAGGGUGGGCUGCGGCCUUCAAUGAAACUGGUUGUUAUGGGAAUUAUUAACAAAAAACCUAAGAGCAUUGAGGUGAUUGUGUCCUGUAAGCCUCAGGAGCAGGACACAGAGGGAGAUGUGGGUCUUCAGUUAAAGGUCAGCUUCACGGAUAAAGCCGUCCACCGUAACGCCCGUCUGGCCGGAAAGUGGGGUCCAGCUGAAAAAAACCUCUCCUUCUUUCCUUUUGCAGCUGGAGAAUCCUUCAAGAUGGAGAUUGUUUGUGAGCACCAGCAGUUUCGUAUCUUGGUGGACGGACAGCCUCUGUGCGGCUUCACCCACCGGAUCUCCCCGCUCGCCUCCCUCACCGCUUUACGAGUCUUUGGAGACUUACAGCUCACCAAGGUGGCCUAA